GCAACAUUUUUCUGCAGCCCUGGUGCUGUUACUAACGAUAUGCAAAACAAUAUUAAGAAAAAAACAAUAGGUGACCCAGGUCGCAACACUUGCACACGUUGCAGAUUUAUUUACAUUGGUAUUGCCCAACAGAAUACCAGACAAAGGCGCUGAUAAAUUCAUUGGUCUGAUAUGUUUAGGGCCAGAGCUCUGCUUCCCUGGAUACGAAGCACUCUGACAAAGGCCCAGACACCUCAGGGAAAUCCGUCAAAAGCUGUGGAACGGAAGUUGCUCGCGCCCACGUUACUCUCCCGUAGUCUAAACAAGCACGAUUUCAGGGGCAUGGCCACUGGAGGCGAAGUUGACGCGCAAGCUCCCAAGCAGGGCAAUCGAUUGCUUUCCUCCAAGUCUCCCUACCUUCUUCAGCAUGCCUACAAUCCGGUGGAUUGGUAUCCAUGGUCCGAAGAAGCCUUCGAGAAGGCACGCCGAGAGAACAAGCUAAUCUUCCUAUCCGUCGGCUACUCCACUUGCCAUUGGUGCCAUGUAAUGGAACAUGAAUCCUUCGAGAGUCCCGAAACAGCUGCCAUCAUGAACGAACACUUUGUGAAUAUUAAGGUAGACCGUGAAGAGCGUCCGGACAUCGACAAGGUUUACAUGCAGUUUCUACUGAUGAGCAAGGGAAGCGGUGGUUGGCCAAUGAGCGUGUGGUUGACUCCGGACCUGGCUCCUCUGGUGGCUGGCACCUACUUUCCGCCGAAAACACGCUACGGGAUGCCUGCGUUUAACACUGUGCUCCAAAGCAUUGCCAAGAAGUGGCAAACAGAUAAGGAUGCGUUAAUCGAAGCGGGAUCCACCUUGGUAGAAGCUUUGAAGAAAAAUCAAUCUGCAGAGGCUGUGCCAGAAGCUGCUUUUGAGCCGGGAAGUGCCGAAGCAAAACUAUCUGAAGCCAUCACAGUACACAAGCAGCGCUUCGAUCAGACCCACGGGGGAUUCGGCUCGGAGCCUAAGUUUCCGGAGGUGCCACGCCUUAACUUUUUGUUUCAUGGAUAUCUUGUCACUAAGGAUGUUGAUGUGCUGGACAUGGUGCUGCAGACGUUGGACCACAUUGGCAGGGGCGGAAUUAAUGACCACAUAUUUGGUGGCUUUGCCCGAUAUGCCACCACCCGUGACUGGCAUAAUGUGCACUUCGAGAAGAUGCUGUACGACCAAGGCCAGCUAAUGGCCGCCUAUGCGAACGCCUACAAGCUAACUAGAAGCGAAACCUUCUUGGGCUAUGCUGAUAAUAUCUAUAAGUAUUUGGUUAAGGAUCUGCGGCAUCCGCUGGGCGGGUUCUAUGCUGGUGAGGAUGCAGACUCGUUGCCAACGCAUAAGGAUACAGUUAAAGUUGAGGGCGCUUUCUACGCCUGGACCUGGAAAGAGAUACAAGCUGCUUUCAAGCAUCAAGCUGACCGUUUCGAGGGGGUAUCGCCCGAACGAGCAUUCGAGAUUUAUUCCUUUCAUUACGGCUUAAAACCGAAUGGCAAUGUGCCCACCUACAGUGAUCCACAUGGCCACCUCACCGGCAAGAACAUUCUCAUCGUAAAGGGUUCCGAUGAGGAGACAUGCUCAAACUUUAACUUGGAGGCAGAGCCUCUGGAGAAGGUACUGAAUACAGCUAAUGAUAUUUUGCAUGUUUUACGGGAUCAGCGACCCCGGCCCCAUUUGGACACCAAGAUCAUUUGCGCCUGGAAUGGUCUCGUCCUGUCUGGUCUGUCGAAGCUGGCAAAUUGUGGUACCGCCAAGAGGCAGCAAUAUAUGCAAACGGCUAAAGAUCUUUUGGAAUUUCUGCGGAAGGAAAUGUAUGACUCGGAGCGAAAGCUACUUCUACGAUCCUGCUAUGGUGUGGCUGUUGGAGAUCCAAUGCUGGAAAAGAACGAAUCUGAAAUUGAAGGAUUUCUGGAUGACUACGCCUUUCUUAUCAAGGGCUUACUAGAUUAUUAUAAGGCUUCGCUGGACCUUAGCGCCUUGCAUUGGGCCAAGGAGCUGCAAGAAACUCAGGACAAACUCUUUUGGGACGAGCAAAACGGAGCUUAUUUCUUUUCAAAGCUAGACUCCCCGAAUGUGAUUGUGCGGCUGAAAGAUGACCACGAUGGGGCCGAGCCCUGUGGCAACAGCGUAUCCGCAAGAAAUCUCACCCUGUUGUCCCACUAUUACGACGAAGAUGCCUAUCUGCAGCGUGUGGGAAAGCUGCUGAACUUUUUUGCCGACGUAGCUCCCUUUGGACAUGCGCUUCCCGAAAUGCUUUCGGCAUUGCUGCUCCACGAGAACGGCUUGGACCUGGUAGCCGUGGUUGGACCCGAUUCGGAUGACACUAAGCGCUUCGUUGAGAUCUGUCGCAAGUUUUAUAUACCGGGCAUGAUUAUUCUGCACGUAGAUCCCCAGCAUCCGGACGACGCGAGUAAUCAAAGAGUGCAAAAAAAGUUCAAGAUGGUGAAUGGAAAGACCACCGUUUACAUAUGUCACGAUCGCGUCUGUCGGAUGCCCGUAACCGAUCCGGCACAGCUAGAGCAGAACCUUAUGGCAAACUUCUUCACGGAACGGGUGUGAAUGCCUGAGAUUACUCGAAAUAGAUUAAGGCUUUCUAAACGUUAUGUUAUUGUUUUGGCUUCCAAAGCAUAGUAUAGUUGUUCAUGGAACUUGUAUAUACGCGUAAGAUAAAUAAAGACCGAUAUAAAGAC